UUUUGGCAGUCUGUCUUGGCGCGGGUUGUUGUCAGAUGGGGACACGGUGUGACAGGGGAAGGUGUUUGCCGGUUGGAUAACGAGCAUUUACCGGACACCGAGCUGUCUGAGCGCUCCCGUUACCCCCCAGGGGUCUCUGGGUAAACCUGACUGGAGCUCCAGGCCCUGUGUGAGCUGGGAUAGGCCUCAGGGCCUGGAUCACACAGCCUGCAGCCCUGGGCGAGCUAUAGCAGGCCGAGCCAGGAGAACCACCAAUACUACAUGUGCCAGGUAGGUAAGCACCCUGUAUACCUGCUGGGGGUCGGAGAGCCAGCCCCUACAGGGGCUCUAAUAAUGUCCCAUCAUCAUAAUAAUAUUCAAUAAUAAUAAUGCCAUAAUAAUAUUCAAUAAUAAUAAUGUCAUAAUAAUGAUCAAUAAUAAUAAUGUCAUCAUCAUCAUAAUAAUAAUAUUCAAUAAUAAUAAUGUCAUCAUCAUAAUAUUCAAUAAAAUAAUGUCUCAUCAUAAUAAUCAAUAAAAUAAUGUCUCAUAAUAAUAUUCAAUAAAGUAAUGUCUCAUAAUAAUAAUCAAUAAAAUAAUGUCUCAUAAUGGUGAAUAAUCAUAUGUCCAAUAAUGUAUAAUAAUAAUGGCCAAUUAUAAUGUAUAAUAAUCACAUGUCCAAUAAUGUAUAAUAAUCACAUGUCCAAUAAUGGUGAAUAAUCAUAUCUAAUAAUUGCCAAUUUAUCAUGUAUAAUAAUAUCCAAUAAAAUAAUGUCUAAUCAUGAUAAUGGGCAAUAAUCACAAUAUAUCCAAUUAUAAUGGCUAAUAAUAAUGUCCAAUAAUCAUAAUAUAAUAUGUCCAGUAAUAAUAUAAUAUUGUCCAAUAGUAAUGGCGAUCAAUACUGCUAUGGGUUUAUGCAGUCAGUGGCUGUCCAACUUAAUAGCCAUAAUCAAUAACUGUAUCAAUGUUUAUACAUUCUAUCAGUGGAAUGUUAAUACAGUGUUUUCCUAUCCGUAAUCUGUCAAUCACUGUGUAACUAAAUGUAAUGUUUGGUCCAAGUGGAAAUGUUUCUAUAAAGUGUCAGUAGUAAGUUGAUCCAAAUAUAUAUCCAUAUUUAAUCCAUGAUUGUUCUAGAAAAGUACUGUGGCUUAUAUAAUACAUAUUUAGUGCUAGAUCUAGUUGUAUUUUAUUUUUUUUCUGUUGAAUGUAUGUGUGUAUGUAACUGGAACCAGCACUAACCAUGGUUUAUUUGAUGAAUUUCAACCUCUUGUAAGAGGGUAACUCAUUGGUGUCCUGAACUAAUGGGAAGUUGUCACUUAGAUGUUAUGAGUAGUUGUCAUUAGAUAUAGACUCAUGUCUGGGCGUUGUUACUGGAUUAUUGGAUUAGGAUUUGUGACGAGAUCCCAAAUUUGAUUGAUAUUGAGGAAGCUUGAGAAUUAUUAUUCAUGACAACUUUGGUUUCAUAUCUUCUCAUUUCAGUGAUAAACAUCCCAUUCUCUAUAGUAUUUAUACUUCUAUCUGAUUCCAUAUCUCUUGGCAUCCCUUAAAGCUAUCCAGAAUUUGAAUGCCAUGAAAGAGGAUAAUUAUAUCUCCCAUCUCCAGUUAUUUAAUUUCUCAGUAUUGAAUUCAUGGGUUCUGUGUUUUGACUAUUGUAGAAAUAACGUGGAUUUUAUACCAAACACCAAGAGAGUUUAUAAAGAGGAAACAGGUGUGCUCUAUGGGUGUGAUGGCUGACAGCAGCUGUUGAUUUUGGGCAUCUGUUAAAUUUAUAUUUCCAGAAUGUGCUCUGUUAAUACACAUCAAGCUUAAAAUGGGUCACCUUGGUUUUAAAUAUUUAGCUGUAGAAACCAGUAAACUACAGGAGAUUAGGCUUAAGCACAAAAUACUCCCUUGAUAUAAAAUCUGUUGCCAUUUACAAUAUUGGCACUCACUGGAACCUCUCCUAACAUGCUACAUUUAUUUGACUGUGUUUGGUGCAGUUUUUAAAAGUGUGUUUUUAAUGUAAACCUCAUUCUGUAAUUUGGCACUGUGAUGGUUUUUAUAGAUUGGUUAGUUCUCAUUUUAUGCAGUUCCUAAAGCCAUCAUUUAAACUAUAUUCAUUGUUAUUGAUAUCUGUUGUUGCAUUUUAUUCUGACUUUGCAUUCUCAUAACAUCUCUAAUUCUAUGAUAAACUAUAUUUUUUUAUAAUCCCCAUUAAAUGUCUGAUCAUUAAAUUUGAUAUCACCAUGAAAGGCAAUGUCUGCAUGAGCAAUGACUCUGGGUUUGUUGUUGUUGUUUUGAAAACAAUGAUGUCUUUUUAGAUAGAAAAGGAAAAAUGCAUGAAAAAUAGUUGCAACAAUCUAUAAUCUCAUUUUGUAACAUCAGUCAUUUAUCAGAGGGUUCUGCAAUUUCAUUGAUCAUUUUAAUACAGCUGAAAUGGAUGUUGAAAGAUCUUGAUUUAUCUGCUUAUGUGAACCAGGGCUGCAAAACCAGUUUUCUGUUAUUGAGAUCUGUAUUCCUGUGCAUAGUGUAACAUUUAUAUAAUAUCUUUUCAUUCCUGGGCUACUUGCAUUUCUGUAUGUCUUGCUGGUGGGAUGCAAUUAAAAAAAUAUAUAAAAAUUUUUUUCCCCUAAAAACCUAAUUAAUGCCCAUUUAAUUUAAAUUACUGGGGAGGUGAUGACGUAGCAAAGCAAAGUUCAGCUUCACGCCAGCCUUAGCUCUAACGCCCCAAUCCAUGUGCCUCAAUUUGGGCAGCUCCCUGUUUCGAAACGGGAGAUCGUGCAUGGGAGCGGGGCACGGGGUUUGAAAGCCCAGAGUCUCAGCUUUAAUUUGCCCCCGGUCUGGGGUCUGUGCGACCAAGCGAUCUGGAGAUAUUGGGGUUUGAGUGAGGGGACCCCCUCCGCCUCCUCCUGCGCCAUAAGGUUUGGAUGCGAGUUUCCAGCCCCAGCCGGAGACACACACGGCGAGGCAGCUCCCUGCUCCCCCGAUAUGAGCGGCGAUCCCGGGCGGAGGGAGGCUCGGGGCAGGGCCGAUCCAUGGUGAGGAGGAAGCCGACACCCCAAGGGUGCGAGGGACCCCGGGAUGGGUAGGGGUCGGUGGGCAGAAAUCACUUUUUUCGGUGGUUUUCCGUGGCUGGCGAGCGAGCAGGGAGAGAGGCGGCUGCAGCAGCGCCUGAUCAUGUCGGCUCAGCCAGACACGACAACAACAAAACAGCUCCUUCCAGCCUGGCCCCCGGGCCAGCACUGCCUCCCCCGGCCUGGCCCCCGGGCCAGGAGACCCCUCUACCCCUGCCCCAGCCAGGGGGGCCCAUCCCGGGGAGCCUGGCCCAAUUCUAGCCCGGGUUAGACCAGCAGGACAGAGGGAGAGGAUUUGUCAGUAACAAUGGCGGCCAUGUUGUUCUGGAGCUUUUUUGCUCCCUGUGUGUCUCUCUCUAUAUAACUUCUUUUUCUGCCCUGAUUUUGGGGGGCUUGGGGGUUUUCAGGGGCAGGUUGUGGUCUGUAGGCUCUUUAUGGGGGGUUUGAUGUGUUUUUUUUGGAACAUUGUUGUAUUUUAUUUUUGUAUUUUUUAUUUUUUUUGGUAUUUUUUUUUUUUGCAGCAUGACAGUGAAACUGAAGACUGGAGAGGAGAGGUUGAAAAAAUCAAAUAAGAGAGCACCGGGACCUGAGGAAUUGGAAGAGACGACAGAAGUGGAAGAUCCAGGUGUAAAAGGGGCAGGUGAACCCCUUCCUGAGACCACGGAUAAAGAUCCCCAAGAGGCACUGACCCCCAGCCAGCCGCCUGCAACUCCGCAGGACCAGCAUCAUUUUCUGAGAUCCAGCGUCCGGCCACACAGCAAAAGGAUAAAGAAGGAUCACUUUGGCAAUGCAGCGAGUACCAGUACUAAAAGCAAAGGUAUUAGACGCACCUUAUAUACAUUUUAGGGGGAAUGGGAUGUGAGGGUACAGAAAACAUGCUCCCCCAAGUGUUUGAAAUGUGGCAGAAUUUAAAUGUUUUUUUUUUAUUUUACACAGUUUUAGAGAUUUUAUGGGUUUUGCUUCUGAAAGUGUGGAUUCACGCAGUGUUUUAAAGUUAGAUGCAUAUUUUUGCACCCUACUUAAAAGGUGAGUUAAUAACGCAGAUGGCGCUAAAUUUUUAUGAUGGACAUAGCACAUUCCUUCAGACUCAUUUUCUGUAUUCGAUUUAAAAAAAAAAAAAAAAAGUGGCACAGUGGGUAAAACUUAUACAUAGAAAUACAUAAAAUCUAAAACGGUGGAAUUUUUAAGCAAAAUAAUUGGAGUUGCAUGAUAUUUUUUGGAGUACUAGAAUUUUUUCUGAUAAAUACACAUCAUUGGUGUUGUUUUUUAUUUAUUUAUAUAUAUAAUGUUUUUUAUAAUUUUUUUUUGCUUUGUUUAUUUAAAAAAAAAAAUCCCCCCCCCAUUUCAAAAGACUAGCGACUUAGUUGUCUGAAAUACAAGAUUUGUAUACAACUUUUUUCAAAAUAACACAUUAUAUUUUCAUUACGUUUUAUUAUUUUAUCUUUUCUUUAUGUUUGUAUUUUCAGUUUUUUGUUUUCCUUUCAUUGAUUCUAAUGCCUGAGUUAUCUAAUUCUCUCUGUUUUUAUCCCCGCCCUAAAAGCUUUAAGAUGUUGACGCUCCUCACUUAUAGCUAUGGCAACUGUCAACAUUGCAGGCCAUGCUAUUAAAUUUCUUUUUAAAUUAAUUUAAAAUAAAUAUUUAAAAUCAGAAUUUCUCUACCAGUUUUUAGUAAGUUAUUUAAUUGUGCGCAUAUUUAUAUUUUUGCACUAGGUAAUUUUUUAAUUUUGAUUUAAACACACGUUGUGCCACCGGAGACCCCUUAGCGGUGAUGUUUAUCCAAACGAACUACCUAUACAUACUAUGAAGUUGAAUUUCCUUUAUAUAAAUGUAACAUCCUAUGUUACAAUAUAACAAUUGUGUAGAGCUCAGUAUUCUGCUGUACCGUGUGUUUUCAAACAAUAUGUAAAAAACAAGCCAAUGGUUGGCUUUAUUUUCUAAGAUUAAUUUAAGGGGUAUUUACAUUUUAUUUAUCCUUAUGUCUAACCUUGACAAGCCUAUAAUAUUUCCAUUUAUUAAUUAGGCUCUUAUGUAAAUAAUGAUUAAUAAAGUGCACAAUAUAUACACGGUUUAUUCUUAACUAGGCGGUUGACAUUUGAUCUGUAGCCUAUGCAAAUUAAUUUUAAUAGUUUUAUUUUUAAUAAUAUCAUCCAUCAGAGAGAUUUUUUGCCUGUUUAUUAGACCUAAAUCAUGCAUUUGAGUAACUUCGCAUUGACCCUUGCAUAGUAUAUGCUCUGUUUCUUGGCAGUAUAGAUCUGUUUUUUUUCCUGAAACUUCAGAUUUAUAUUAUAUGGAGUCUGUGAUGUAAAUUUUAAGGGAUUGGAAGCGCCUUUGAACUCUGAUAGAAUUGGAUAUUUUGGACUUGGUGUACUGCUGUUCCUGUAUAUAUUUUUGAGUUAAAUAUUAAGAUGCAUACCUAAAGCCCCUCUCCGUCAUCAGAAUUAUAAAAUAAAUUUUGUUACCUCAUUAUUCUUCUAAAAUGGACAGCAUAUAGAUUAAGUCAAGGACUUUAAUUACUGCAAGAAAGGAGAAUAAGCAUAUAUAGGCAAUAUUUAAAAAAAUUAAAUAUUCUCAGAUCACAAGUCAAGUUAUUGGGGAGUUGUUUCACUAUUUGAUCUCUUUGAUAUUUUUAUUUUUUUAUUUUUUUUAAAUGAUGUUUCAGUGUUACCAGACCUUCAAACUUGAACUAAGCUAUUGCUACAUUUGUGAGCCCAAGAAAGUCGACUUAGUCUGUGCACAGUCUGACUGUGGUCUGACUAGAUCAUAACUUAAGCAUUAGCCUAAAAUUAUAGCAGCUUAUUGCUAUGAGAACCUACAAAACAUGUGGGUUUGGAAUCUAUAACAUAGACCGUGUACAUUUGUAUUUCACUCGAUAUAAUGAACAAACAGCUGAAUUGGAUCAUUUUUCCAGCUCCCUUAUUUUUGCUUGGAAUUUGCAAUACUCUUGAGGUUUCUCCUCCAUUUAAACUGCUUUCUUAUUUCUUUUACUGCUUUGUUUAUGAAUGUAUGUUUUAGAAUUUGCAUGAAUCUGAAGGGAGUUCUACUACCGUUGGCCUUAUCAGUUUAUAAUAUUAUGUUAGAGAUGGUGUUGAUUAAAAACGUUUAUAACCAGCCGAAUCCACUUUAUUUUGAGCAAAAGAAGGCAUUAUGACUAAUUGACCAGAGAAUUUCCAAAAUAUCCGAAAUUGAAAAAUUCUCCACCCGAGUUUUUUUUUUUUUUUUUGUGAUGAUCUGAUGCCAUACAUAUGAUGCUGUGCACGCCAGCACUGCGACGGGUACAUGCUCUUUUGGCACCAUGGAAAGAAUGGCUUAGCAUUUCUUAGCAGAAUCCCUGAGCAUCAUGGGAUGAGGAUGAAACCCUGGGCACGGCAGUGCUGUACAGGUAAGUAUGUUAAAGAUAUAACCCUGCUGCACCGUUAUUACAGUAAUUUCUUCAAUAAAGUUUACUUCUGUGAGAGAAUGAGAAUAAGGAACUGUCUCUUGCAGAGACGUGACAAACACUCUUUAAAAACGGCAGCUCCCAUGAAGCUUGGCCAGGAGAUGUGCUAAAAAAGGGUGUUAACUUCUAUAGAACGCUACAAGAUAAUACAGCUUAUAUCACAUAUAAUAUUGUAGUUUUUAAAAUAGGAUAAUGAAUAAUAGUUUUCCUUUAAAGGUACACUCCAGGCACAGCUUGCUUUGAUGUGCUUCAUGUGCCUGGAGUCUGUCAUAUUUAUAAAACUGCUGAUUUUGAUAGAAAUAAUUACUUUUAUAUUUGGGGCAGAAACAUCUCCCUUGCUCUCAAUUAGACAACCGGGGAGGUUUUCUUCUGCUUCCAUUGGCUCCACAGAGCGAACAGAAGUGGCUGAUGUGCUGCUCUAGUGCUCCUGCUUGCCCCCCUUUUCUAUGAGCUGUAUUACAGAUCAUUGAUGAGCGUAGAAAAGCCAGGCUCCAGCAAAGAGGCUUCUUAAUGAGAAGCGAGAGCUUGCAGAGGCUCAGACAGAUCUGCAGCUUUUGCUACCUUUUUUUUCUUCUUUUUUCCAUAUACCCCAAAGAAAACAUACAGGUAAAAUGACAUGCACAUUUCUGUUGGGGAUAUAUCUACUAAAAUAUAUAUUAAAAAAAAAAAAAAAGUAAUGGCUAAACUCGCACUGCAGAAGUUUGUGAACGACAUUUACUAUGGUGACUAGCUUGUCUUACGUUUUUAUUCCUCUUUAGUGCUAAGGUUAACCAUCACUGCUAUAAAUGCUACAAAAGCGUGACUGCGCUGUUUUAAUAUUUCGUAUUCAUUUUCUUUGACUUGAAACGGAUUUGGAUAAUUGGCAGUUGUCACAUGCUACUAGAUUUUUGUAUUGGUUUAAAUGAAUUUCACUUUAUACUAAGCACAAUGACGUGUGGGUGGAGUGCCAUCUAGUGGAAUAGAAUGACAUUUCAUUGUAAAUUCCAAAACAUCUCUUUUGGGAUGGUGUGUUUUUUUAUUACUCUUAAAGACCAAGGGGAAUGCAAGUUAUGUUCCGUGGUGACCUCAUUUUCUGAUCACUUUGGCUCAUAGCAGAUGUCUGUACACAAAGCACAUUUUCCCUUUAUGUUGUCCAUCUGCGUUUCAUAUAAUUUUCCUGUUCUAGCCUUACUAAAGGUUAUCUGAGCUUGCCGAGAAUUGUAGUUCACAAACAAUUGCCCUUGGUGGUAAUUACUAUUUGAAACUAUGCUUUGUAUUAAUUAUUACAAAAUGUCUACCUGUAAAUAUAUAAUCUGUUGCAUCGAUCUUACCUGUGUAUAUUCUGUCAGUGUGGUCUUAAUAGAUCGCUCACCACAGUAGCAGUAUGUAGUUUGUAGGAUAUUUUGCCGCAACUCUGGUGUUUUUUGCACCCAUAGUUUGUUUAAUUCUCCCUUGUUUGAAUUAUUUAUUUUCUAAAAAGUAGAAUGGAUCUCGCUAGGAAGGCAGCUUAGUGUAAGAUCUUUCUCUUGAAAUAUGCAAAAGGUGCUAAAAUUCAGAAUGCAAUGAUAAAAUAUAUAAAUGUUAAAAAGGCAGAGCUGCACCUUUAGGGUGUUUUUUGAGCUAUUUCACUGCUAACAACCUCAAGCAAUAAAAGAUUAAAAAAAGUACACAUAAAAUUGUAAAUAAAUAGAUGAAAUAAGACUCACAAGGAGAGAGAGCCCCCCCCCCCUUUUUUUUCCCCUCUCAUUUAUGCAUUAUGUUCCUACAUACCUCUGGAAGGAAUAUUGUGAUACUCCAAUUUUAGGAGAUUAUUAGUAAGUUUCUCUAGUAGACGUAUCACUUAAUGCACUUGUGAAUUUGCACACUUAUUUAAUUUAUUGAUUUUGUAUUGCUUGCACUAUAUUGUGCAUUGCACUGACACUUUUCAGGUGCACAUCAUAUAGUAUUAUAAAGGUAUAUGGCACCUUUAUUAAACUUUUUUUAUUGCGUAAGAUCUGUCUCUGUAUGUCGGGGCUCACUGUGCGCUCUGCGGCCUGCGAAGAGGGCAGUACUGUACACCGUGUGUUCCAUUUUAUUUGGGCUAAAAAUACACUGUGACUUCAUUCUGCAGUUCCACUGCCGUUUUUCUGUACAGCUCCAUAGCACAGAUCCAUCCUGAUAGUCGUUAUGUAUGAUGCGCAGUCAGCCUUGACGCUUAGCAUCAUGGGAACUGUAUUUCACAAGUGGCUGGGAUGCCUAUGUUGGUCAUUGAUUAUAUGGACUGUGCUCAAAGCUUACUUGGGCAGUAUUGUUGUGAAAUGGUUUACCACAGAUUGAAACGAGCGAUGCAGAAAUAUUGUAGAGCUGAAUAUAAUGCAUUUUUUUAGCGUGUUUGUCUAGGUGUGUGUUUUGUAAGAAAACAUUUCUUACUAGUGUAACAGUUUGCAGGCUACCUACUCCAAGUUAAACAUCAGAUAGGGCUGGAUCCAUAGAGAUCAAUCUAAAAUACAAUUUGGGGACACAUGGCUGCUUGGCUUCUUACAUUUUUCUAGCACCGCACAUAGUUGUUUAUAGUUAAGGGGUUUUUUUGGGGUUUUUUUCUUCUUUCUUUCUUUUUAUCAGUGUUCAUACACUGCGUUCCAACUGAGAUUUGUAAUAUGUUAAUUGACAAUUUGAUUUGAAUUCAUUGAUUAAUUACUCCAAACUUUCAUUUAUUUAAUGAGUAUAUUUCUGUUGUGUAUCAGUGAUAAGGUCCAUGACAAUUGAUGUUAAGGCCAUGCGGGUAAUCUGUUUGCAUAAUGUUUAGUAUACAAUGUAUGUAUACUUAUUUUUGCUCUUGUAUUUUUCAAGCACCAGACAAUGCAACUCCCUCUUCAACUAGCUGCUCCACUGUGGCCCCCAGUGCUCCCAAGGCAUCAGGUCGAAACAUAGCGCCCCCACCUGCUGAGAAAGAUGAUGGAAGCCAGAAAAAAGUGCGGCGGCAGUGGGAGUCAUGGAGUACCGAAGAUAAAAACAUGUUCUUUGAUGCACUGUUUGAAGUGAGUCCUGAGUGCAUCUCCAGCACUGCCAAUGUUUAACUGGAAUUUCAGUAUUUCUAUGCCAGUUAUAGGGUGGCCUUCUAACUGGGGAAGGACUUCCACAUCCUCUCUUCAGCUUGUUAUUCUGUUUAUCUGACUCUAUAUUGAAGAAUGUCCAGAGCGUUUGUAUGAGGAAAGAAAAAAUGCUGCACUAAUCUCAGACCAUGAACUUCAACAAGCAUUUUAUUAAAGGGGCAUUUCACUGUCCAAAUACAAAAUAAAUAUCACUAUUAGGAGAUAUACCCCAAUUAAAUAUGCAGGAAUUUAGUUAUGCUUUUUUCUCAUUGGGGAUAUAUAUAUCUCUCUCUAUAUAUCUAUCUGACUUGCAAAAGCUGCAGAUCUCUUGUCUGCAGCCUUUGCAAGCCCACUGACCUUUUGUAAAAUGGUUGGGAGGGGAGGGAGGACACACUCUUAAUAUUUAAUGCUUUUUAGCGAGCUGAAGUGUUCUUUUAAGAGUAACAGAUCAUUUUGUAUUGUAGUUUAGGACACCUAGUAAUUUAUUGCUGCAUUUUAUAGGUCUGUUAAUUAAAUGCUGAAUCGUGCUGCAGCUGAUUUGGUCACUUUCAUUUGGCUCAGUUUUCUGAUAAUGGUCAUUGUGAGCAUAUCCACCCAGUAUUGAAAAGAAAUUGAUGGGGUUUUUUUGGCCGCGCAUUGUUUGAAUAAUGACAGUUCGUCUAUAAGGUCUUCUGUGCCGGGAGUGAAGCCUGGAAGACCACAGAGGAUAACAAUAGGUUUUAAAGCACUGUCCAACCAAAGCUGUUUGUAUAUGGCCGAAGGAUCCAGAUGUGUACUAAAGACGGGGAUGAGUUUGUGUGUACGGUUCCCCUACCCAUCCCAACCCAAAUAAUUUCCUUUCAAAACUAGAUGAGAAACUGUCUUAAAAUAUGUUUGAGGUGACCGUAUCACAUUGAGCUAAAUGGGUACCUGCUUUCUUCAAAUGUAUCUCAUUGCUUCCAGAAGAUUAUUUUUGAAAUAGCUCUGCCGAAUUGCAGCGGCAAAGUUUAUUUUUGUUAAAAGGAAGAAAAAACCAGUAGGCUAGAGUGAAGGCGGUGGGGGUAGCAUUAGGGUGGCUUUGGGGUUAGGGUGCAGUUCCUUUGGUCUGUGUCAGCGAGUUAGAUAAAAUGAAUACGAGGAAUUUGAUUGGAGUUCAGCUCUUUCUGAAAAGUAGAAUCAGAAAACUUCCAUAGCGAUUCGACCGAUUGUAAUGGCGAACAGAAUGGCAACCUUUGGCAAACUUUCAGUAGAAACUGUGGAAUUUGGGGCGAUCAAAUACAAUUUGGUCCCUUUUUUUUUUUUUUCUUUAGUGAUCUGACCCCGUAUAUUUCUGUUAAUUCUUUAUUCAUUGAGGGCUGUUUAUAACGUGUUUGUUCACUUUAAACAUAGAUUUUGUUCUCACGCCUUGUGUUUUUAAUCUUAGCACGGGAAGGACUUUGAAGCUAUUCGAAAUAAUAUCGCCCUGAAAUACAAAAAGAAAGCCAAGCCUGCAAGCAUGGUGAAAAACAAGGAGCAGAUUCGGCAUUUUUACUACCGGACGUGGCACAAGAUUUCCAAGUACAUAGACUUCAACAAUGGUGAGACAGGGCUCCUCUGACUUAGAAUCUCUUGAAUCCUGUUUCUGUUCUCUCUCUCGAUAUUUUUUUUUUUUUUUCUCUCUCACGCACACAGAUUCAUGUCUUCACACUGUGUUUUAGGUUUGCAAAAACAACUCUCAUUUUUCGGUGGCACGGUUAGAAACUGUUGUGUUUUUUUUUUGUUUUUUUAACAGCACGAGAUACAUUUGUGAAAUAUUGAUGAUGGGCUGAUUGGUUUUCAGAUCGUUAUCAUGCAUCUAUCUAAAUAUGGAACUGUCACUUUUUGUUGUUGUUGUAGUAUUUUCUUGCGGUCUGAAGAAGUCUUCACAGGAACUUUAUGGGCUGAUCUGUUACGGGGAGCUCCGGAAGAAGAUUGGUGGCUGUAAGUCUCUUUAAUUUCUCUUUAUUUUGCCAUAUAAUUAAAUUGAUUUGCUCCUAGAGAUACCAGUAGCAUUACUGUGUUCAUACUUUUAUGGAAUCUCUUCAAGCACCAUAACCACAUCAGCUCUUUGCAUAGCUUAUGGUGCGAUGAAUCUCCUGUGCCCACGCACAUAGUUAUUUAUAACUUCAUCGGAAGUGCCACUGUUUUGAUGUGUAAUGUCAGGGGUAGGGCAUUAACUAAUUACAUCAGGUUGGUAAGUUAGAGCAUGGUUUGCAAUUGCAGUGAGUUUUGCCAAAUUGCUGCAGUUCUGAGCAACCGUGUGUGCAUGGAAACAGGAACCAGAGACAUCUUUGCAUCAUAGCGUAUGCAAAUAAAAAAAAAAAGCCUUUGCAAACAGCAUUGCUUGAUAUGGUUCUUGGAGAAUCCAUUGAACAUGUCGUUGCGUAUUUUAUCUGCCUGGCAGGCUCUGCUUUGUUAGUAUACCCUUCAUUCAAUGCCCCAGCCCUGUUAAAUUUGUAAUGGCUAUGUAAGCCAUUCAUAAUAAAAAUAAGGUGAAAUUACCAGAUCAGCCAGUUAAAAUGACGCAAAUGUCAUGUGAUUAUAAACACAUUCUAUUCCCAUAUUCCAGUGUGAAUUGUAAAAGGAAAUGUGGAGUAAAAGUUGUGUACUGGGUUUAUGGCUUGGUGUUGCUUGGUUAUCUUUAGUUUACAUACAUUAUUUUUAUGUGACAUGGCUCCAGUUUUUUGCCAUUUACCGUCAUUUUCUCCAAUAAGACCUGAGAGGAGAGUUUUUUUUUUUUUUGUUUGUUUGUUUUUUUCAUAGGCAAGCGGUCUUGGAUGCCAGAAAACCAUUUCCUACUAUUGAAAUAUGUUCCACCUGGAAAUAUAUUUAGUUAAACAGUUUCGUGUUGCCAUGGGAUACUUAUCUGAGUGAGCAUGUGCAACACAAGCACAAUCUGUGCUUAUUCUGAGAAACCGUGAAUGCUUCACACUGAAAACAAUACUCUAAGCACCUGGAUAAUAUGCCUGCAUAUUGCUUUAGCUUGUGGGAAGAAACGUUACCUUUCUUAAAGGGAUAUUCUCAGUGCUGUCACCACUGCAGCACACUGUAGUGGUUAUAGUGUCAGGAUUGUUUAGUAAGAGGUCAAACCGUUUCUUACCUGGGCCUUCUUAGGCUCCACAGAUUAUAGCUUCAGCUAUAUCCGGUGUGGCUAGGGCUGCAUGGGCAGAAGCAAUGUGCCAUCUUGAAGCGAUAGUCAGAAACGGUUUACCUGCCGACUAAACAAGAUCUGAGAUUGGAAGCGGAGUUACAGCUACACUAUGAUAUUUUUUUGAUGUUUCUCUUAUUUUUCCACUCUGCAGGUAUGGAUAAUAAGAAUGCCGCCAAACUGAAUGAACUCAUACAGCUUGGGUGAGUUAUGACAUGGUGUGUACUGGAGAUUUCACACAAUAUGCUGUCUCUACAUAGUGUGCAGAUAUAGAGGUGUGAAACGAUAACCUAAAAUUAAAAACUAUUAGUCCAACAUGAAAGAAUGCACCCAUAAUACUUAAAAAUAAACAAAAGAACAGAUUUAUUUUAAGCAGACGGCAUUUGCAUUUAAUCAAUGUUUUAGUCCAACUUCCUUGACAUUUUAAGCAAAGUUUGGUAACCGGACUGAAAUGGUGAAUGUAUGCUGUUGCACAGAUAAAAAAAAAAAAAGACGUUAUCUUGUUUAUUUUGAAGUCCUAUGAGUGUACGUUUUUUGUUAAAUAUUUGCCAAUACGUGCUCACUACAUACAUGUUCUAUUUGAAUGAAAUGUUUGGGUGUAUUUUGUGUGUGUGUGUGUAAAUAUUAUAGGCAUAAUUCAAUUUUUUAUAUAUAUAUAUGUAUGUACAUUUAUGCAUGGCAUUGGUUGGAAUUCAGAGUAUAAAAUAAUCAAGCUGCUAUUUAAUUUAUUGUUGUAUAUUCAUAGAAUGGUGCUGGAGUGUAACGUGAAAUAUUAUGUUCACUGUUCACGUUGUAACUGGCUUUUUUUGUAGUUUUGAGAGAGCCACUAUAUAACAUAUAUGAUAAAUGGUAAUUCCAUAUUGUCAUAUGGCAAUAUUUAGUAUGUAUUUAAAUCUCUGCAGCUAUUCUAAAUCGAAUGAAGAGGAAAUGGAGCUCCAUAACGUAUUUUGGGGCAUUGCUAAAGCUUGGAGAGUAUUUGCAAAGUUCUGCUCAGAAUUUAUUAUCUCCUGGUAGUGAAACAAGUCACUUAUUGUGUCAUUGAACCCAAAGAUAAGUUUGUUUGACCAUUCCAUUUUAAAUCAGUUCUGCACACUUUUUCAUUUUAAAUUUGAUCCAUUUACAGAAUAACCACGGUUCGGUACAAAGGCAGGAACUUGCGGAUCAAAACACCCAUGUGUCGCGCGUUGAAGAAGCUGUGUGACCCGGAAGGAAAGACAGGUACUAUGAGAGCCUUUCUUGGGAGAACCAUUUUGUUUUAAUGUAAUGCUGCUAUUAUAAGCUGAUGUCCGCAGAGAGCGAGCGAGGUUGACGGUCCUCUGCACAUAACUUUGCAAUUAAGCAUAGGUAUUGGGUGCUUCGUUUUGAUCCUUUUAAUAUAAGUGGUUCGUUUACCUAUGUAUUUUAUAGUCCAAAUGUGUUUUCUAAGAGAAUUAAGGCUAAUUCAGCUGUAGACUUGUUACUACUUUUAAUACGGCAGAAGUGUAUAAACGCCAUGUAAUUUAGUGUAAGUAGACAGAUAUUAUUAGCUAGAAAUUUUUAAAAUUCUUCUUCUUCCAAUUCCUCCCUACAUUUUCCCAGGUGUGAGCGAUGAAGAAGAUCAAAAGCCAGUGAGACUUCCCCUUAAAGUGCCUAUAGAACUUCAGCCUCGGAACAAUGAAGCUUGGGCUAGAGUGCAGAGCUUGGCUCAGAAUCCCCGACUAAGGUAAACAAAGGUUGUCUACCAUUUGGUCCAGGAGAGUUUCCCCCCCUGCUACUUAGCAUAUACUAAUACAUCUACACAUGUGAAAGGCUAGAAAUAAAUUCUUAGACCACAAACCUUAACAUGAAAAUUGCUGAAGAUGAAAAGUUUGCCAGUCUCUUAGGCAAGCACAUAUCUGUCCUGGCAUGACCAUUAAUGAUAUGUUCUGUUAUUGCAUUUUCUCUCCUUAGGAUGAUUGUCGAAUUGCACCGGAAGGUUUCAAGCCUCAUCGAGUUUCUCAAACAGAAGUGGGUGCUGCAUGAGACCCGCGUUGUAUCCUUUUUGUCAGUGGAAUCUAAAUUACCUCUUGAGAUGAGGUUUAUACCAAAAUCAUAAAUCAGGCAGUGAAAUAAGAGGACUAGGUUGUAUCUUGGUGUUGUCUCUCAAAGUGUGCAUUAUGGAUGAUCUGUGGUCAUGGCACAUUAAACGGAAAACCUUUUAACUUAUUGUUUGCAACGCUUUUCUUAGGUUAGUAUGUUGCAUUCAAUGCUUGUGGACCUCUUCCCAUCAGUAAACAGAAAUCGUAUUGUGUUUCUUUUUUUCUUAACUGUGUUCAUCUCAGAGGAAAACGGUUGAGGAUCAGCAGCAGUCUGAGCCGAAGCCACAAGAACCCGAGGAGGAGUUGUCCCUUUUCCCGUUAGAGUCAGUCAUGCUGACUCCUUUGCCUGGCGUAGCCAGGGUAGUUCACUCCAAGGCCUUUUGUACCGUCCAUUGGCAAGAGACUGGCAAGUGCAAGCAAAGUUCUAAAGAUAUGUAUCUCCUUCCUCCUGCUCAAAUUCUUGGCAUCCAAACUGGGCAAGGCACAGCUAGGGUACAGCUGAAGUGUCCCCGAGGUGGCACAGAAAGUAAGCAGGGGAACAAGGUCGAUGGCGUUACUGAUACCUCUCAAGAAAGGACUCAAACAGUGGAAAAUGGCUCCCUGGAUAAUGUGUCAUCUGAAGUGGUUACACAUUGUCCAAGGACUCCCGAUGAAGUUCCCCCUGAGCUUGUGGACUCCCCAACAGAGGCAGCUCUUGAUGUGGCUGGAAGCCAGCCUCCUGCCAUAGAGGAGCUCUCACUAAUGGAUCCAGUCCCUCCUUACCUAAAGUCCUGCCAGAAUCUUAUUAUUCCAGAGGAAAGUAUUUGCACAGACAAAGUACCUUCAAGCUCCCCUAAAUCUCCAGAGACACUUCCUACAGCUUCAGAAGAAGUAAAUGUAGGCCAAGAGUCAAAAGAAAGCCAGACAGGAAAUAUCCAACCAGAUCCUUGCACUACAGAAACUUCAGGAAUGGACACUCAGGAGAAGGAUUGUGGUUCGUCUAAAACUCCCAGAAUGGACUCUAAACAGUUCACUGAGCACUUGCUCCAGGAAGGCUGGAACCAUCGGACAUCGGGAAAUCUGACAUUGGCCGAGGUCUACCUCAUGCUUGGGAAACCAGGAAAAUUGCAACUGGAAUACGAAUGGCUUUUGCCUUCCAGUCCAGAUGGUCAGAGGUCUCCUCUGCACCAUAAGCAGAGACUUCUGAACUGCCUUUUACGCCUCAUCUCUACUGAGUUGAACCCCAAAACUGUAAGUGAUGAGCCUUGGUUUUUGGUGGUUUGUUUUGUCCAAUAUGCAAGAUGUCCCUUAUUAUCAACAAGAUAAUGUAGAAAGUUAGUAAACCUAAAAAAUGCAUCAUAUAAGAACAUGGCUGGGGAAUCAUAGAGUCCUGGUGGUUCUGUUUCCUGCCAGACAUACACUGAACCCUCAGUAGUUUAAACAAUCCAGAAGUCUGAGACCCUUUUCAUUAACUUCUUGCCAGACUAUGGUUGUAAUGUCUCUCUCUUUCCCAGCUGGAUGCUAUUAUGGGAAUAGGUGGAAUGUAAAAUUCUGUUAUCCGUGCUGUUUUAUUGCUAUUCUGACCCAAGGCUAAUGAGUUGUGUUGUGAAAUUAUUUGUUUGCCUUUAAAUUUUUUUUUUUUUUUUUAAAUGGUGGUUUCUCUGAUACUAGAAUAUUUAAACACUAUUAGUAUGUGAGGUGACUACAUUUUGAAGGCUGCUUUUCCAUCUUGCAUGGUUUCUCAUUUUCCUUUUCUUUUGCUCCUUGACCCUCACAUUGAUUUUCUUACUGUUUUUACCACCAAAACAGCUCUCCCUUUCUUCUCUCUUAACUCGUUGCCCACUCUCUAACCAUAACUCUCUCUCCUAGAUAUUGUUCUAAACCAGUGAGUUUUGCUCAAUUGUCCCACUUUGUUUUCCCCUAGUGCCUUCUUAGACCUCCUACACACUGGCCAACGUGACUGUUUCAAGCAGAAAGGUCAUUCGAAAUUCUGCCCUUUGCUCGAUUUUAUGUAAAAGUUAUAGGGCAUGACUUUGGAGAUAACUGUACUAUGCGGUGGUGAACUCAAUUAAAAGGAAAAAUUGUGGUGGAAUGAAAGCUUCCAAAUUGCUAAUUUUCAGCAAAGUGAAAGGAUAGAUCUGGAAGAUCUUCAAUAUGUUUACUACAGAUUACGAAAAUGCAGAAAUGGCAAUUACUUUUUAUUUGGGGGUGUUUAUAGGGACAAUAUAGUCACUAGAACCACUAGAGCUUAAUGUAGUUGUUCUGGUGAGUAUAAUCAUUGCCUUUAGGCAUUUUUAUGCAAACACUACCUUUUCAGAGAAAAGGCAGUGUUUACAUUGCCCCUAGGGACACCUCCAAGUGGCCACUCCUCAGAUGGCCACUGGAGGUGCUUCCUGGCUCAGUGCUGCAGAGUAGGCAGCAAUACCGGUCAGCAUCUCCACAUCCUGCAUGGGGACGCUGAAUUUUCCUCUUAGAGAUGCACUGAUUCAAAACUGCAUUUGGCCCUGCCGCCUUGCUGAUUUUAGCCAAUCCAAUGCUCUCCCAUGGGAAAGCAUUGGAUUGGCUAAAAAUCUGCAAUUCUGAUGUCACAAAGGGGGCGGGGCUAGCACCAGCAGGUCCAAGCGGCGUUGGAAUUAAGGUGAGUUUUAAUUCCUUCUAGAGGGCUAAGGGGGGGCAAGCCACCUAAAUGGUGGUUUAAACACUAUAGGGUCAGGAAUACAUGUUUGUGUUCCUGACCCUAUAGUGAUCCUUUAAUUCUGGUUGUUGAGGUCAUUUUAAAGUAGUGCCUGGACCAACAUAUUUUUUUCAUGUAAUCUGAUGCUCAUUUCUUGCUUAUAUAAAUUUUUUUUAUUAUUUAUUUAUUUAUUUAUUUAUUUAUUUAUUUUGUAGGGUCCUGAAACUGCCUCCGUGGCCACUUCCCCUCUUAAACUGCCCUCUCAGGAGCAAACAGUGGCACCAAGACGGAAAGUUGUGACUUUACUGUCCAGGAACCCUGAUAUCCUGACGACGCAGUCUGUGCCACAGAUCCACGCUACGUUCACUCCUCAAUCCAGUACCUCAGGUAAAGGACAAUCACAAUGUUACAUCAGUGCUUGCACGCUGAGAGGCCUUUAAUAGGCUGUGUGGUAAUGAAAAUCAACUGAUGAUAGGUAAUAGUCUAUGAAAAGCAGCACAAAUGUGAUAAAAGUUUGAAUUUAGUUUACACAGAGUCAUAUCCACUAGAGCUUUUUGGAGUGGUUAUGGUACUAUACUAUAAAUCUGUGGUUUCUUUGUGUGAAGCUAUUUUGACAACACCUAUUCAUUUAUAGCGCCAUAAUGGCUACAGUGAGCUGUAGUGCUUAGGGUGCUUAUUGUGCCCCUUUAAACGUCUUAAACUGUCCUCUUUCCUCUUCCCCCAGCAGUUUGUGGCAGUCUUGCAGGGGUUUUUCUUAACAUUUUCGAAUUUGCUUGAUACUGCAAAUUUUAUGGAAGAUCUCUCAAGAGAAUUGCUUGCUGGCGUGAUGUUCCCUCUUUUUUUCAUUUGUUAUAAACCACAUUGGUACAUCUGGCAAGGAGAUGUCUGAUAAUUCCACCGUUCAUGAUCUUAGUUUGUCUGUAUGCUUAAUGCCGUCUCUGCAGAUUAGUUUAAUAUUUUGCUAAAUUCUAAGUUUUUGUUCUAGGUUUCACAAAUCUGCCCCGUCCUCUGUUGAUUAGAGGACCUUUGGCGGCGGUGCCAACUAGCAGUGACGUGGGAGUAUUUGCCGUUCCUACAAUGUUGCCCCCCAACAGCCGCCAUACUAAACCUCCUUCCCCUGGUAAAGAAUCGGAAAUCCCAAACCACCAACAGCUGGAUGCUAUCAAUGUGAGUAUAUGAGAAAUGUUUAAAGAAAAUAAAUAAAAAAAUAGAAAAUAACAUGGAAAUGGCUGAUACUUGGGAUUCCCCCCAUCUUUUUAUUAUUUACCUGUUUUUUUAAUUUGUUUUGCCCCUGUGAUUUGAUUAGAACUUUUGGUUGGUUAAUAUUUUAAACCUUCUCAAACAUGCAUUUAUUAAUGUUCUGUUGUGCAGUGAAUAUAAAGGUACAAUUUAACCACAGUGGUUAUGGUACCAGUAUGCCUCUUGCCUUAUUCCCCAGUUAUGUCAAACCAUAUAGAACAGUUUGACCCAAACAGAAGGUCCCAAGAACGGUUUUACUCCUUGAGGUAAGAGCCUCCAACCGCCUGCCACCAUCCCAACUUAAUUUAGAUUAAGUUGUUUUGGUGCCUGUAGUGUCCCUUUUAAACAAGAAGAAAUAAUGAUAUCCUAACAUAUAGUGACUUAAUUUGUAUUUUCAAUGAAAUGUCCCACUAUUUAUGAUUUUAUGCAAAACAUGGAUAACCUUGUGUUAAUAUAAUCAUAAUAUAUUGUUUGCCGUCAUCUGAUCAAAAAGCAAAAUCCUUGAAAAAUAUAAGUACAUUUAUCUUCUAUCCCAAUGCAAUUUGCUUCCACAUUAUGCUCCAAACCUUUACAGUACGCUAAAAGUACCCUAACAUUGAGAAAAUCUGCUGUUCAUUCAAUGCAUGCUAAUGUUUUAGUUUAUCACACUUCUCGUUGAUCUCAUUACAUUUGCAGUCUGAUUUCUUCUUGCCGAAGGCCAAGAAGCCCAGAAGUAGACACCCACGGAAGCCCUUGGUAGUCCAGGUAAGUUGCAAAGAGUUUGCCGUGAUUUCCGUCUGUACCCCCAAGCAAUUUUAAAUGCAUUAAAAGACAUAUGAAAUAAAAACGUGAAUAAGCUGGUGCAUUGAGCUCAGCACAGACCAGGAAAAGUUGCACGUUUGCAGCUAAUCCAGAGUUGGCUUAGUUUAGAACACUCCCACAGUCAGCAGGACAAACAGUAGCUACCCUUUCCUGUCCGUGUUCCAUGCAUUUCUUGUUCUUGAGGAGUAAUGAUUGGCCCUAGUGGUUAAUUUCCUGUGCAGUGCCAAAGUUAUGUACGUACACCGUUGAGUAAGAAAUGUUUAAAAUGGAGAGGCUGUAGCAAAGGUAAACAUCAGGCGGAGAAUGAUAUAGAACGUUUUUUUAUUAAGAUAAACAAGAUUGAGACCUGUGCAUGAUAAAAUACAGCAUAUUAUCAAAGCCAAAACCUGUAAAAUGAAAUUCAGCUGCCUGGCUUAUCCCUUUAAUAGUCUUAUUCAUCUUGUCCUGCUGGGAUAACUCCUUAUUGGGAGAUAUUGAAAUCUAAUAGUUUUUUUCCUCCUUUUGCAGCGGACUCUGCUCCAGCGACCGUCUGUUAACUCCUCCCCCCACGUGUGCUCUUUCUCCAUCCUGACAAACUCUGCUGUGGCAGGUACAAUAACAACUAUCUGUGUGGGAACUGUAAAUGCAUUUAAAUAUGACUCUUCUAGUAUGACAAGUCAUCAACAGUCAAUUGCAAUUGGGUAAUAUGGUGUCAAUAAAAUAAACCUCAACUGGGUCCCAUUUACCGAUUUAAACCUCAAUUUUAAUAUUAUACGCUCGUCAAGAGAUUUCAUGUUUUUGGAUACAUUUUUAAAUUGGUGUAGGAUUUUUAUAUUUCGUACAUUGAUUUAUUUUUUUUAUACAAAAUAUUUUUUAAUAUUUUGAAAAAAAUACAUUUAAAAAAGUUUAUCCAACAAUAUUAAAUAAUGUUAAAAUGGUCUGGUAUGCCUAUUGCAACACCUAGAGGUGAGGGAGUCCGACUUGUAGUGAAAUGUCUCAAACUGGAUAUGGGCAGAAGUUUCACCAAAUACUCCGCCUUAAGUUAAAAGUAGCUUGAUAUGCUCCUGAGAUUAGGUGCAAUAGGGUCCAGGAGUCAAUUCACUUGAAAAGGCUUCUCUAUGUUAGAAUAAUUAGGAGGAAUACACAACUAUUAUAUAUGGGGUGUAUGACUUUAAAUCUGCUAAGAGCAGAAUCAAAUUAUUACACACCAAAUUGCUCUACUUAAAGCUUCAAGAUGUAAACUGUAAUAAUAAAAAAUAUAGGAAAACCGUAUGAGGAACUGUUUCCUAUAUGGUAGAAAGCUUAUACAGUUAGAGAUGUAUAUAUCUUUAAAUCUGUAACUAAUAGAAUGUGGCAAAACCUAUGUCAGUAUCACAUAUUGUGAUGCAGAUCAAAAAGUAUAAAAACUAAGUGCAAGGUAUAUUUGAUUAUACUAUUAGGUAGUAUAAUCACAAUAUAGUGAUCUACCUAAUAGUAUAAUCAAAUAUACCUUGCACUUAGUUUUUAUACUUUUUGAUCUGCAUCACAAUAUGUGAUACUGACAUAGGUUUUGCCACAUUCUAUUAGUUACAGAUUUAAAGAUAUAUACAUCUCUAACUGUAUAAGCUUUCUACCAUAUAGGAAACAGUUCCUCAUACGGUUUUCCUAUAUUUUUUAUUAUUACAGUUUACAUCUUGAAGCUUUAAGUAGAGCAAUUUGGUGUGUAAUAAUUAGAUUCUGCUCUUAGCAGAUUUAAAGUCAUACACCCCAUAUAUAAUAGUUGUGUAAUCCUCCUAACUAUUCUAACAUAGAGAAGCCUUUUCAAGUGAAUUGACUCCUGGACCCUAUUGCACCUAAUCUCAGGAGCAUAUCAAGCUACUUUUAAUAUUAAAUAAUGACCUAUAUUUAUAAAUGAGCAAAACUCUCUCAUUAACCUCCCAUCCCUUUCCAACGAAUACUGCUGAUUGGCCGGUGAGCACACUGAUGCAGACUCUCCAAGACUCCGGGGUUAAAUGACCAUAUAUUUCUAAAUGAAGUGUUCCACAAACAUAUGGGUCUGUUUUGUUGCACAUAUACUGCACAAUUAAUUUAACUUUGUGCUUUUCUUGAAGUAGCUAAACAUGAAAUGAUAAUUGUCACCUGAAAACUAUUUUUUAAUCGAAUAAUCCUUUUAUAAUUUUUUUUAAAGGAAAUAGAUUAAAACCUAUAAGUAUGUGUAAAAAAUGAGAAAUAAACUCAUCCCUACCAUAUUACAAGAGUGUGUGUGUGUCUGUCUCUGUCUCUCACACACCCCUCCCCCCUAAACCAUAGAGACUGUUCCAAACAUUGUUUGACCCAAAUGGCAUGUAUAUGGUUUAUUUUUUACAUGUACUGUAUUUUAUUUUUUUAAAUCUAUUUCCUUUCAAGACUUGAUAAAAGGACUAUUAUAUUAUAUAUAGUUUUGCGAGAUUUUAAUGCUUUCUAUUUUUUCUUUCCAUUUCAGGCAGGGGCUCCUUUAGACCUAUCCAUUCCUCCAACAGCAAGACACAUCCAAUUGUUCCUAAGCCUCCCCCAAUCGCCAAUUCUCUAGCCAGUGAGUACAUUGCUGUUUAAUAACUAAACAGAAACACAAGGUCUAUCUAGAAAUGGAAAUGUUAAUCUCUUGCAACAUAACCGCUUUGGACUGUAUUGAUUUCACAGUGAACUAAUGGAAGCCAGUGAAUCUUGUUUAGUCUGUGUGUACAGAGCUGAUUUCACUGAUUUGGUGUUGCUUCUUCUGUAGGUGCCAUUGAUCUCGCUGCUAAGAGUGCGGGUAUUAUCCCAGGAAAUGUGCUUCCGGUACUAGACACAGGUGGCUUGACUGGCAUUGGCAUAUCUGGCACAGCUCAGGAAUCUCUAACUAACCGUGUCAGUGGAAGUGCAAUGCAAGCAGUGACUGUUUGUGCUGAGGUAUGUAUAAUGUCUCAUACUUUCUACGGGUUUUAGUUAUAUGUAAUCUGGAGUGGGCUUAUACAGGGAAAAAAUGUGCCAGGACAUUUGUGAAGAAUAUUACAUCCAACAAAAAACCCAAAACAUAAACUUCCUGAACCGUCAAUCCUUAAAACAAGAAUGCACACGCUCUGAACCUUUUUUCUAAGAAUAAUAAAACACAAAAUCGAGGAGAAUAAAACAUAACCAACAUACAAAAGGAAUUGGAAAAGUAGGAGUGAAGUAAGGAAAGGGUAGGAGGGAGAGUAAGUGUUCAUAGCCAUCAGGCCCAAGGGAAUUUUUUUUAUUUUUAUUUUUUUUACUAUGGAAACAUUUUCCCCUGAGACAGGAGUUCUUAAAACUGCAGCUUAGUCACUGGAGAGGGUAGGAUUUGCCACCGAGAAUAAAAAGGCAGAAACGCCGAGUAUAUGGGCCUAGUUAUAUUCAGUGUUAGUUUGGGAAUGAUUAUAAAUAGCAGCUCCACAUAGGAGGAGAAACUGGGUUAACCUCAGAAGGCACUGUGGUGGCAAUCCAAAUAUAUUUCCUGACAGAAAGGCCUUGACUAGUCUUUGCUUUAAUGUUUCAUUUACAGGCUAAUAAAAAUAAUCACAUUUUGUCUGAAUAUUCAUAGAAUGUUCACUUGGCCCUUAUUGAUUUUAAUGUUACUCGGGUUCUGGAUUUAUAAGUAAAAUUUCAGUAAAUUCAUGACCACAUGCAGAAUAAGAGAGGUCUCCUCAUAUAUGAUAUUAUUGCUUGAAGCUUAAAGGGACACUCAGUCCCUUAUAGCAGUUUAGCUUGCUGAAGUGCUUUAUGUGUGAAGAGUGGGCCUCUUUGUAAAAUGAGAAAAAAAAGUGCAGAUAUAAUAGAAAUUGGCAGUUUUAUAAAUUAAAAUUGUUGCUUUCCCUGGAAAGAAGGGGAGAUCUUGCAAAGGCUUCCGAUUAUCUGUUUUUAGAUAUACCAUCAAUAGAAAAAACAUAAAUGUUUGUUUUUGUUGGGGUAUAGCUACUAAACAGUGAUUUAUUUUAUUUCGGCAGCAGAGUAUCCCUUAGAUGUAUAUUUAUAUUAGCACACAGUGCUUCAGGGCACUGCUGGCAAGGUCUAGCAGGAAGUGGGGGAGACAGAAGAUGAGUUGCUUCGAUUGGAUGAUUGAAUGGCUAGGAUAUCUUAGGGAAUUGGAUUUGCAGAGUGGUGUAAAAUGGUCUAUGGCAGAGAUAGAUAGGACAUUUUCAGAUAUUGAUUGAAGCUGUGGAAUGUGGGGGGGGAGAAUCUGAUUGCGAUGUAAGAAUCUUAGAGAAUAGGUGCAGCAUGGAACAAUUCCUGGAGGUUGGUGGAAUAGAAGAAGAGUUUUCUUUUGUGUCCAUGCCUCAUGCAUUCCUAAAGGGUUUUUAUUUGUUUCUAUCUUUCCUGCAGAACACUAUCCCUUUCAUCGCCCUCUCGUCACCAUCUGUACAGGAUCCAAACCAGUCAUUCCAGGUACUUGGAUUCGGCAGCUCAUUGUACGCUUUGGGAGCAGUGAAGGCAUUUUGUUAUGUUCCCAAUAAUUAAGUGUGAUCAACACAUGCUAUAUAACCAGCAAACGCUAUAAACUGCUAAUGGAAGACCUUUAUUUAUUGGGAAUAAGAUACUAGUGAGCUACUUCUUGGGACCUUGUAUAUUUCUAAUAAACUCAUUUUGGUUAGGAAAACAACACAUUUGGGGUUUAUAUGCAAAAGAAAAAUGUUCAACCUUUUGGGUUGAGAAAUCGUUUUGUGUCCCAGGCAUAAGCCUUUAUAUUCCUCAAGCUGUGUUGGUUCCUUUUUUUCAGAAUGUUAGUCUUGUGCAGAGCUGCCUGUAUGUUAUGUUGGAAUUGCCUUAAAAUACCAGCACAAGCAAAAGAUAUUAAGAUCAUGUGUGCGUUGCUUUUACUUCUGUUUAACUAUGAUAAUGCCAAAACAAAUAUUCAUUUUAACAAGGCAUAAUGAGUAACGAAUGGAGUGCAAAGGGAUCUUUUGUGAUCUGUUUAGAUGCUUGUAGCAUGAUUAAAGUCCAUACUGCAGGCUCUUCCAAAGCAGCAGCCCCCCUUGGAUAAUGUUAAUAUGCCAUUGUGUUUAUUUACUAAGCCAGGACUUGUGGUGAUUUGACAAGGAAAUGUACAAUUUUAGGGCAGAAAAGUCAAUUUUAUUUUGGCGUCCGCUGUUUUGAUUCCAAAGGUGCAGUUUCCUGGUCAGUUCUCCAGUUUCUCAUUUAGUAAACGACUCCCAAAUGUUACAAUCUGCACUAGGUUGAGAAGGACCUCUUGGUUGUCUCCUGUGGGUUCCAUUCCCUACUGAUUACCUGUAUUUUCGGUUUCAGACCUCCUCCGUCCUGUCCUUGGCUCCACUGUCCCAGAAUCCUGUGCAGAAUGGUCCAGACGAUAUGUCCAGCUGCAAGCCAUCCAGUGGCAGUGCCUGCAUUUCUCCACCCAAUGUUUCCACAUUGCUGGACAUCUCAUUGCCUGGCCCUCCAGAUGACGUGCUAUCACAAGGAGAACCUGUCACGCACAUCAGUGAUUCAAUUAUUGAAAUAGCCAUUAGCUCGGGGCAGUUUGGUGAGUCUUAAGUUAUUUGUAGGCAUGAUAGCUCAGUUGGUUAAUGCAUCAAACCUCAGGACCACAAGUUCUAUGCCUAGCAGAAAGAAUUCGGUCUAUCAUUUGCUGGGUUAGUUAGAAGGUUACUCCAACCACUAUGACCUCUUCAGUGAUUUAAAAUGCUCAUUGUUGUAGGAGUCUGUGCAGCAUUCUGUUUGAAUCGCUGCGCAUACAGAGAUCUGCACUUUUUGUGCUAGGAGCUAGUUGCACGCCUGAGCCUGAGUAGGCAGCUACUUAAUUUUAAUUCUGUGCAAAAAAUAUUGCAAGUCAGUGCGAUGGCGAGAGAUGUAGCUUGAUCUCUGUAGCGGAACCUGGGUAACCCGGCUGGUUACCUCCGCUAUUAAUAAAUGAACAGAUCCAUUUCCCUCCCAGUAACUGGACGACACACAGUUCCAGGGGUACAACAACAACUUUAUUGGCCACACUCUGCUUUCUACUUUACUCACGCAAGGGGUGGAACACACAUGAAGACAAUGUCCCCUCCCAGGGUUCCUUCCCCCCACCGGGGGUCGUAUAACGGAACCAGAACCCCAGUCUCUUUGUCCCCUAUUCCAGCCACUCAGUGUCCCCUCCAAGGGCCCUCCCUCUCCCACGGGUCUUCUUCCCAGAGUUCUAUGCAUCUGGGGGGGUCGUAGCAUGGGAAACUUCCCACCGCUUUACCUCCCAGCGACAGAGAGCCCGCCAGCCUCCACCAUUGUCCCCACAGGAUGUCCCCACCAAUCUCAGAGACCGUGAGAACGGUAACUGCCACAAACAGCCUUCGUUCGUGGGGUCCCUGUGUGAAGCCCGGCAAGAGAAGCGUCUCUUUCGGGAUGUGAAUGCUCCCCCUAGCCGGCAUUCGUCUGUACGAACUGCGGCCACCCAGAGAAGCACUCUUUAAUUACUUCCCUUGCAGUUUCACACUAUGUUGAGAGUUGCCAACGUUCCAUUUGAUUGGUAUGAACGUUCUAAUGGGUGCCGGGGACUCUAAGUACUAAAAUAACAAGCAAUUUUAGUUUGUAAAUCAUGUCUGCAGUAUCACUGCUCAAUUAUCUGCCAUUUAGGAGCUAAAUCACCUUUUUUUUUCUGUUUAUGCAGCCCUAACCACACACACCUGGCUGUGACUCCUAGAGCCUACAUGAAAAGAAAUGCUUUAAUAUUCAGUCAGAUCUAACAACACUGUGUGUUUACUUUAGAAGUACUUGUUUCCUGCUACAAUGCACUUAAUAGUCUGUAUUUGUGCAUGCUCGUCUUCUUUAUCAAAUAUAUGCAUACACCUCAGCCACCAAACAGCACUGAGUGAUCUGAACUAGGCAGCAACCUGCAUUAGAAAGAGAGGACACAGAGGGAGGCAAAUAAUAAGGAUAUAAACUACCUGUUUGUAGUUUCUCUGUCUGCAGCCAGGUUGUGAAUUCAAAGCCGUUUACUCUGUGCUGUUAGUGGUUGAGUUGUGUACAUACAUUUGAUAAGGAAGUCUUUUUCUGUAGUGAGGGGGCAUGGCUAAGGAGGUAGGUUUAUGGUGCUGCAUUGUGCAAAGAAUGCAGCAUAUGAAUGAGGCCUAAACAACCUCACAUACAAUAAAAUUAUAUUGGUACCUGAUAUAUAUCUUCAUUUUCCUGUUCCUGGUUCUUAAGGGUUGUUUGUGUCCAUGCGUGUAUAUUUUUUAAUGAUGAUAUAAUUUAAAUAUUUACAGGGGAAGCUGUCCCGUUGUCACCAGCCAAGCUGAACGACAGUUCCAAGAGUCUUCCUUCCCCCUCCCUGAGUCCACAGCAGAACUGGAUCGCAUCUCCUAGCCAUGACCCUCAGUGGUACCCCAAUGAUUCCACGGAUUCCUCCCUCAGCAGCCUGUUCUGUAAGUGAAACUCCUUCAUUUCCCAAAACUUAGAAAUGUUUUUACAUUCAAGUGUAAAUUAUUCCAAAGUACAAGGGAUUUUUAAAGCAGGACUAAUAUCAAGUUUUUAUACACACUCCUUAAAAUGAAAACUGACCCUGAAUUUUUAAAUACGUUAAAAUUAAUGCAAAAGAGGGGGCGGAGCCUGUCAGCCAGGCAGACCAGACUAGCUCAAAGGGAGCUCCUUCAUCUGGCAACGAAUAUCGGGGUGUGUUCCCUGACUGAGUGCACCUUUUCACCACAGCCUUCACUAAUCUUGCCCAGGAGACGCUGCUGUAUCUGGCAUUACACCACGCGGGCUCCUACUCGUCUGGACAAUCCUACUCGAGGCUUGCGGCCUACACGAGGCAUAACCAUGGAGAGGCGACAGCUUUCCUGGUUCUUUAGCAGAAGCUGGGACUUCUGUGUAUUACCUCUCCCCGCCCUCCCCGCCCUCCCCACCCCCUUUGCACCCGGCAGGGCAUAUCCCAGUCCCCACUCACCUCACUGCACACAGGCAACUGAAACUACACAGGCUCAAGCGGUGAACUCUGAAACCGCCAGCCAGUGUACCCACUGAAAUGAUGACAGCCAAACAUCAGCUGAUAGUUAACAGAGCAGUUCCACUUGUCUUAUACAUCCUAUGGUAUAGGAGUUCACUCAACAUGUGCUGUCUAGGUUGGUAGUUAGUUUCUAUCUAUCACAAAUGUAUUAUAAUGCUCUGUUUCUUUAACAAAAGUAAGACUAAUUAAUGGGGGAGGCUUAACUAUAAAGAUGGAUAUUUCCAAAUUCAAUAAGUAAGGAUAAAACAUUUUAUUAAAUUGAUGCUUCCUUUCUGUUCACUGUAUGACUGUCUACUUUUCUGCCCACAGCUAGCUUUAUUUCACCUGAGAAGGGUCGGAAGACCUUGCCAGCAGCCCAUGGUGCAACCAGUGGCACAUCCUUACUGGGACCCACCUUGCUGGAUGGCAGCUCCCGGGAUUCAUUUGUAUCUCGCUCACUGUCGGAUGUCACUGAGGUCUGUAUGGAACAAUAUACCUUUAUGCUUUAUAGAUAAUUUUACCAAUAUACUAAAAUAUGCAGUUUCCUAGCCGUUUGGUGACCUAUAAUCAUAUGAAGUAUUUGUCAGUCAUAUUUUUUUUUUGGUGCUGUUCACAAUGCCCAUGAGGUGCAAAGCACCUCUGUUUAUUGCACAUGUGAGCAUGCCUGCCCCUGCGCAAUUAGUGUUACUCUUUAAGGACUAGUGACAGAAAAAACCUGUCAAGAUGCUUUAAAAAAAAAAAAAAAAAAAACUGUCCUCUUCCACUCUGGGUUGAUAAGGACUGUUUUAAAGGAGCACUAUAGGGUCAGGAACACAAACGUAUUCCUGACCCUAUAGGGUUAAAACUACCAUCUAGCCACCCUGGUCCCCUCAUGCCUCCCUAAAUAUAGUAAAAUCUUACUUGUAUUCAAUUCUGCAGCUGUUUACUUUGUCCAUGUUUCCUCUAGACCUGCCUGCUGACAUCAGCAGAAGUGGUAGCCUGAUCCAAUUACAAUGCUUCCCCAUAGGAUUGGCUGAGACUGACAAAGAGACAGAUCAGGGGCAGAGCCAGCAUGAUUCAAACACAGCCCUGGCCAAUCAGCAUCUCCUCAUAGAGAUUAAUUGAAUCAAUGAAUCUCUAUGAGGAGAGUUCGGUGUCUGCAUGCCGAGGGAGGAGACACUGAAUGUUUGGAUGCAUUUUAGGCAGCCAUGACCCAGGAAGGAACUCUAACAGCCAUCUGAGGAGUGUCCAGUGAAGUUAUCAUUAGGCUGUAAUGUAAACACUGCAUUUUCUCUGAAAAGACAGUGUUUACAGCAAAAAGCCUGAAGGUAAUGAUUCUACUCACCAGAACAAAUUCAAUAAGCUGUAGUUGUUCUGGUGACUAUAGUGUCCCUUUAACUUCCACCGGAAUCUUAAAACAUAAAUUGGCACAAAAGUAAACAUCACAAUCAAAUCAUGUAAUAAUAUAGGAAGAGCAAGAAAAUAUUGUACAUAAGGGAUCUAUCUUUUGGCAACCCAUGUUUAGAGAAAUGUAGUUUACAAAUAGUGCCACUAAUACCAUCACUGCUGUAGAUAUUGGAGUAUGAAUCACUCUGUACCCUUGUUCUCCUUUCUUGAUUAAUAAUUUCAAUAUGUAAAGAACAAUGACUAAAGUAAACUGGACGGAAGCAUGACCAAUAAUAAUGUUUCUUUUUAUAAUGGCAUGCUCUGUCUGUCUCCUUCAUUCCUGUAGAUUGAACCUAAUGCAGUCAUUACAGCUGUUUUUCUUUCUUUAUUUCCAGGUAGUUGAUUCUCAGCUGGCUUGCUUGAUGAACGAGAAUAGCAUUGACUACAUCUCUCGCUUUAAUGACUUGGCACAGGAGCUUUCUGGCACAGAUUCCUCACGCAAAGAAUCCAUUGAAGUGGACACUCCAUCUGUGACCUGACCGAGGGAGAACUCAUGUUUUAUACCAUGUGGCAAAAAGGAAAAAAACCCAGGGGCAACUUUUUAUAAAUUUUUUUCCCCCCUUCUUUCUAUGUUCCGGCUAAAGGUGCUGCAUUGUACACUGAUAAAGAGUUGAUAGUAGGACUGAUGAUGUUUUCACGUUGUCAAUGAUUGUAAGAGUCCGGUUAUUUGCCAUUUCUCCUAGCCGUCUUUCAGUGAGGUAUUUUAUACCCUAUAUGUAAGACUUUGCUACAUACAUAUACAGUUUUACUGAAUUCAUCUCAAAUCAUUGUUUCUCAUCAGCGCACAGACCAUAUCGGGGGAAUAAUCAUAUUUUUUUUUACAGUGCAGUAAAUACCAAAUGGAUAGAAAGACUAUUUUCUGGAAACCAUCCUUUUUUUUUCUUUUCUUUUUUUUUUGAUGUCAUCUGUGAUGGCUGUUUAUGAUGUUCAAUUAGGGACAUCAUGCAGAAAGGCACUAAAGCAGUUUGAACAUCAUCAAACUAGUCUCCAGGACACUAUAAUUGAACUGAUGAGAUAUUGGAAUGCUACAACUUUGUGUAUACACAGAACACAUUGUGCAAGCUCAUUCGAGGAUUACGCUGGAGUGUUCUCUCAUUGUCUGUCAACUGGCCAGCACAACAACAGAACUAGGCUUUCAGUGCAUCUUGUUUAUGACUGGCUGGCUUACUGGGAUUGAGCAAGCGGGCAACUGUGCUUUCCAGAUCUAAAAUCAACCCUGAAGAAGGAUCAUAUUUGUCUUUGUACAUAUUACUGUGUUUAUGUAUAUAUGUGUGCGCGUGGAUGCAGUUUUUUUUUUUUUUUUUUAAAACCCCUGGGUGCCAGACAAGUCUAACCUUGCCCUUCUUGCACACAGAGCGUUCACACACUUUGAUGCUGAAUUUAGGGUUUGAUCAGGUGAGCCGUCAGUGGGUUAUAUAUCUUUACAGCAAUGCAUUACUCUACAGUGAAAAUGAAGCCAUACAAUAAUAAAUGUGAUUUUUAUUUAGAUAUGUGUGUAUUUAUAUGGGCUUGGUUUGAAAUAUAUAUGCAAUUAUUUUUAUGUUGUGGUUUAUAUGCCUAGGGUAUGUUAAAUAAGCACUCACUAAAACGAGAGUAUUGAAAUCAGAAGCUUGUAAACCUGGACUGUAUAACCUUUCCCACAGUUUUGUCACCUGUCGGGCAGCUGCUGGAGGGCCACGGCCAGACACCCCAUUCCUAAAUAAAUGUAACGCCAUAAUCUGUGCAUGGACGAAUACUACCCUUUUUGCCAUGUUCUUGUACCACUUACCUAAAUAUUUAUUCUAAAUGUUGGUGAUGAAUACCCCCUCGUAUGAAGCAUCAGUGAUAGCUUCCUUGUCGUACCAGAGAACGCUGGGUCGGCGGGAUUAAGCAAACAAUAUGAAAAGCGGCAAUGGGUGGAGUUUACCUUUGCAUAGGAAUCCUGAUUUUCACAUUGCGCACUUUGGAGAAUUUAGUAUGAAUGAUUUGAAACCUCCAGGCAUUGACAUUUUUAAAGUAAAAAUGCAGUUUUACUCUUGACUCCAGUCCGAAACAUGCUCUGCUACAAACUGAUUUCAGUAAAUUUCUAUAUCUUGGUUUUAUAAUUUCUAUAAAAAUCUGUAUAAAAGUAUCACAACUCUGUAG